AAAGAUUCAUCAAACUUCUAAAAGCACUUAAGGGAUAAAAGGCAAGAUCUUGAGACAUAUUUAAAAAGGGUUCAUUAAAAUUUAAACAUUGAAUUGCAGUGGGGGUGCUAUUCGGGCUCGAGGUCAAGAGACGAACGGAUUAUAUAGUUCCUCAUAAUAAUAUUAAUUAAACAAUUUGCAUGCUAAUAAGGUAACAAUUAUCAGGGCCUCUGUUGAAAGAUUCGGGUUAUUACAACACGCCAAUCCGAGUGGCAAGGGUCAGGGUUUUAGCUGGAGCGAAAUUUCAACUCAGAUUAACAUUAUGACAACUCCAGACACUGGCCAAAUAAAGUCGAACGAAUUCUCUGUAAUGAGAGGGGGACAGGACAGCCUCUUAAAGCAGUGGGAUUGAUUACCAUUCUGUAUUCAAAAACACAGCUAACUUGCCUAAAUAUAACACACAGAUAUUAGAGUAAGACAAAUUAAUGAUAAUGUUAGAUUAAGGUGAGUGUUCUAGAAUAAUUCAAAACAUGAAAUGUUAAACAAUUGUUAGCCUACUUGUUUAGCCUAUCAUUGAUUUUAUUUUCUUACUGUUCUUUGUUUAUUUUCCAUGCUGACAGAAAAAAAUCGUUUUAGAGGGCUACUUUUAAACUAUACUAUUAAUUAAGACUCAUGGGAGCGCAGCAUAAUAAACGAAUAUUGUUUCAGAGGUGUAUCAACUGUUGUAAGUUAAAGCAAGCGUGAUAUUACACACAAUGACCACAAAUAAACCGUGCACAAUUUGUAUAUCAGCUGUUUAAAUGACAUUAAUUACACCGGAGUGCUAUGGCUGGGGAAAUAUAUCUAAUUUUCAGUUAAAUGUCGAGUGCCUUCUAAUUAGCUAUUAAUGUAAUUAAAAGUUCAUUUAUUCCUCCAGCGUUACCAGACGAGUAGGUUCACAUCAUUCUCACUCAUCUUAUUUGUGAAAGCAAUUGUGUUGCGCGUCUGGUUGUGGUUCGGAAUGAAAUUUGCCAGCUCUGUUUGACGGAUAUCUUCGGCUCGACUUUUGAAAGGUUGCCCAGGAGUCGCCGCGUAAAUAAACAGGUUAGAUAGUGGGUUGGUCAGUUUGUCAACAGUGCACGAGGAGUCUUACACAUGGCCACAUUUCGAUAUGGGUGUGUGUUUGUUUCCCCCCGGCUUCUUUUCUGUUUUUCUGUUUGUUUGUGUGUGCAAAAGAUUUGAAACGAAUAGACUAGAGGGACAUAGCCUCAAACGGUGAUGAAUCCUCCGCUCUGUGUGUGGCUGCAGUCCGAGGUGAGAUUUCCGUGUCUAUUUAGCGUUUAACUGGGUAUCAAAUCUGAUCGCUCUCUCUCUAAGGCCCCCUGUGUAGUCGUGAUGUAGUUCUUAUCAAAGCCCUCCUGUCUUGUUGUGACAGCUCUGAUAUUGUUUAUUGAGGUGGAUGUCAGGUUUAAUUAGCAAUCGAUAUGGAAAGCGUUUUCAGACCACGUCUCUGACGUCAGCGCCGAUUAACGCUUCUCAUUGGUCUCAAAUUCCCAGAGCCGAAGCUAAUUAUUGGAAGCUCCGUGUUGAUAAAGAACAGCUCAUCCUACUCUCCACAUCAUGUCCCCUCCUCGCUGGCCACUCUCGCUGCAUGUUGUUUAAAUUCACAUCACCAACCACCAGACGUCGUUUCCUUUUCCCUGGGAGAUGAUGGACAGCAGGAUACUGGAUCCACCUCAUGCCCAGUUCGGAGGCUCGCUCGGUGGGAUGGUGAGCUUCCCGUACCAUCUAAGCCACCAUCAUGUAUACGAAUUAGCCGGUCAUCAACUUCAAUCUACGGCCGCGGUUCCUUUCUCAAUAGACGGAUUACUUAACGGCUCCUGCACGGCUUCUGUGGUGAAUUCUAACCAUCUCUUGUCGUCUGGCUGCGGAAUGAAUGGAGAUAACCAACAGUACAAGCUGACAGAUUCGGGUGAUCCAGACAAGGAUAGCCCGGGUUGUAAAAGAAGACGAACUCGUACCAAUUUCACCGGCUGGCAGCUGGAAGAAUUAGAGAAGGCUUUUAAUGAAAGUCACUAUCCAGAUGUGUUCAUGAGGGAAGCACUUGCUCUGAGAUUGGAUUUGAUAGAAUCGAGAGUGCAGGUUUGGUUUCAAAACCGAAGAGCAAAAUGGAGAAAAAAGGAAAACACGAAGAAGGGGCCUGGGCGACCUGCACACAACUCCCAUCCGACGACCUGCAGUGGCGAGCCAAUGGACCCUGAGGAAAUUGCGCGCAGAGAACUAGAGAGGCUGGAGAAAAAGAAAAGGAAACAAGAAAGAAGGCUUUUAAAAUCGCAGAACAAACUCAUUUCCGGGGACUUAUUUCACACCCCAGGAUCUGACAGUGACAGUGGCUUGUCACAAGUAACGGACAAUGAGCAAAGCCUCCAUUGCGACAUGGGCCGAAACCAAACGCAACCAAGCUGUGACCAAACACCACAGAAACUCCAGAACCAAAGAACCGCGGACCAAGACGCGAGCGGAUCCGAGCUGGACUCGUCCGACAGCGGUCAGCAGUCAAACCUGUGCUCCAACAGUAGGUCUUGCACUCUUCAAAAACUCAAUCCAUUCAGUGUGGAAAGCCUUCUGUCGGACUCCAGGCCGAGGCGCAAGUCGCAUAUGGACUUCCCAGUAUCUGCUCCACGGCCUUUGAUAGGGAAAGGACAUUUUUUACUGUACCCUAUUACACAACCUCUCGGUUUCAUUGUUCCACAGACUGCUUUGAAGAGCACAGCACCAGGCCCUGAUUCUGAAAAUGGCCAGAAAGGGCCAGCUGCUGACACCUUUGCUGGAAACCUAGGACACAGGAACGCCAAGGAGAACAACAAUGUAAACAACAGCGGCGCGCGAGCAAUCAAAGGCCAGGUCAGUCAGUCGGGCAACAUAACGUGUUCAGCACAGAGCACUUCACCACAGACUAUUAAUGGUCACUCGGCGUCGGCGGGCAGCUGUAACGAAAGAUGCCCACAUGAUAUAGAGUUAAACCCCGUCGAUCCAAAGUCUCCACAGUCAGAGAAAAAGGAGCAGUCGUUACCUGACUAUCUACCACAAAAUUCAGAAUCAGCUACAAGCAACAAGGACACCGACAAAGACUCAGUUGACGUCGAUAUGGAAUAAAUGAAAUCGUAGUAGAAGCUGAGGUGCGUGUCGAUAUGGCACGCGCGCACGCAGAUUAAACGAGGAGGAAAAAAGUCGACAUAUCGAAACGUAUCGUUUUCAUUGACAUUUAUAUUCUGAUUAGGGGAAAUAUCUGUGUGAAAAAAUGUGUGUGUGUGGUGGGCUAUCAGAUGUUUAUUGAACAAAUAGCAGCAGCUCCCUGUAUAAGAAAUUGUAAAAGGGCAAAAAAAAAAAAAAAAAAAAAAAAAAGGCCAAGACAAAACCUCAGAAGUUGUACAAAGCAUUAAGAUAUUUAUAUA